AUGAAAUAUUUCACGAUAAACUCACCGACGACGACGACGGCGCUAUUCGUUUUUUUUGUAUUACACAACCUCAACAUCGCUAGGUCGGCUGUGCCAAUAGACAUAGUCACAAUAAAAUAUUCUUCCAACAAAGAAACUGGCCAUUCGAUCAUACCCGACAUACCUCAGUACAAACCGCUGAUUUCCAGGAAGCAAAACAUUCAGGACUACCUAUCCGAUUACGACCAACCGCUAGCAAAAGAUUAUGGUCCAUAUUACAAUUAUGAAGACAGAUUUCAUAGAUUGAAGCAUUUGCGACCUAGGGGGUCGCCUGUGGCCUUCGGCACGGACUUAGCGGCUAGGCAAAUACUACCCAUAAUCAGAGACAUGCUGUUUGGAAGAAGGACCACUAGAAGAUUCUAA